AUGUCAGAAUUGGCAAUUCGACGGGCCACGAAACCUUGGUAUGCCGACAACCAGUCAAUCAGAAACACAUCACUGAGAUCCUCACCGGCCUUUCGGCCCGACGGUUAUGUCACUUCAGCCCCCAACGAACCGCUCUCUGCUCCUCUCAGUGAAAAUUUCUUCCUGUUUUCCAGGUCGUCCGGCCGGCAGUGGCUCGCGCCCCGUUCGCUUCCGAGGAUCGCGGCGUUCGUCGCACGCCAGAUCUCGAUUGUCUACAGCAGUCUAGUGCGUUUCGAAAAGUCCUUUGACGUUCGGCGUAGGCGUAAGGCUGAAAUGAGCUUCCCAUCACGCUCGAUUGGGGCCUUCGGUCUCAGAGUCCUGAUCCGGCGAUUUAUCGGAUCAACUAACACUUUACAUGUCGCCCAAACGAACCUCAUGUCUGCUGAGAGGCUUCGCCUGUUUUGGACUCUGCUCCGUGCACUCUGCCACGCCGUGGUUGUCUUGGCAGAGUUCCGGCCGGGCCGCCGAAUGCGAGUGCAACGCCAUACUGAAUUACCGAUUCACCAGACAGAUAUGCAUCGUCAAAAACGUGUCACGAGUUACGAGAUGCCAAGCCAAACCCCAAGUCUUGCCCGAGCCUCACAAGUAGGAAUUCGACUCCAAGUAGUCUUGAACAUAAGUCAUUGUCACCCAGUCGAUGUUAUUUCUCCAACAGAUACAGUUCUCAAAUUCUUGGAGGAGGGCUUCCGCAGAGACGCGCUGUUAAGAAAGGGUCUCCGAUCUAGCAAAACUCGAGAGCAACAUUAUGCCCCCGGAGCUGUUCCUUUACAUCUUCUACCACCGGGAAGUGACCAUGAAAUGAACAACCCGGGCCGGAACCCGGGACCCCUCUCUAUUCCUUUUUGUCCUUUUCCUGUCUCUCCUUCCCGGUCUUCGACCCGCGUCCCGGUGGUCUGGGAAACACACACCCCCAUCUCCAACGCCACGACGCCGCUGACGAAGACGAGCACCUUUCCAUUCUGUCGGAAACACUUUGACUCGCGCCCCGUGUCAGCCGGAUAUGCCAUGGCAUGGCCCGCUUACCUCCCUUGCUCCCCCUCGAGAUCUGAAGGAUGCUGUCGAUAG